CAAAAAAAAAUCCUUUCAUGGCCAUUUCGGAAGGCUAUCUGUGUUUCAUCACCCUUCUAGAAAUUCCAUACCGGUCAUCCAUACACACACAUCUCAUGUGUGCUACGUACGUUCAAAGUUCAUCGUGCGAGAUUCUUCUUCCUCUCUCUCUUCAAACACUAACUACAUCAUCAUCAUGCAUGCGCUUCCAUUUUCGGUCCAACGUUAUGGUUAUGCUUUCACGGGCAGGUUGGAAUGGGAUAGGGACUAGUAUUGCCAUCGCAGUAAUUCUUAUCAUAACAUGCUCCGUACAUCAUUCCGCAGGAAUUGACGCGCCGGUCGCAGAUCGAGAUUGGUUUGCAGGCGGUAGGAUGAUCAUCUCCUGGGGCUGUAUUUGUGGCUGCUUGGGCUGCUGGCCAGAGUGCGGCAAGGUCGACGCUCGGUGCUGCGGUUGUUGAAGAAGGUAUGGUUGAUUCAGAGGUUGUUGCUAUGUCGGAAGGUGUGGCCUGUCUUGCGAAUGGCGCAGGUCUGGGAACUGCGGAUGUCGAUGCGGAGAUGACGAACAGGGCGAUCAUCGCUAAGCUGGUCAUGAUGUGCGUGCUUUUGUUGAUGCUGGACAUGGUCAUUGAUGAUAUGGGUGAUGGAAAGGUGGACAAUGACGUCCAGUAUUCUGGUAUUCGGGAUCGUGGUUCUUGAGUCUGAAAAGCCAUCGACGAUCAAUUGACGUGUCGAGUGUGCUCAGCAGCGCUUGGCGAGGUUGCGAAGGCAGCGCAGCCAUGAGGCGAGGAAUGUAGAUUUGCUUGGAAUGAGAUCGAUAUACCAACGACCAGGUUCACCAUUCGUCAGGAUUCGGAAGUCACUGCGAGGCG